UUGGGCAUCAUGCAUCUUCCCCAUUUUUUCCAAACAAACAAAAGCCCUCCCUGUUGCAGAACACAAGCAUUUUGGGGAAAGGUGGAGUGGGGGGAAUUCCUGUUUACUGCUUCCUCCCAAGCGACAGCAGCUCUUGGAAACUUGAUAACAUCGUCAGUCCUUUCUCUUGCCCUUUCCCUCAUCCUGGGCGUCAGGCCUGAAUCCCACCCAGUGUGUAUAAUGUAGGUAAUCUGUGAGAGUCUGGAGUGUAUACAGUAGCUGCAUUAAAUGUGUGUUGCAAUUCUUGGUGGCAUAGCUAGAAACUUUGCAUUUUACUCUUCCAAGUGUUUUCCUUUUUCAAGUCCCUCCUCCAAAACAUACCGACUUCAUUUCUUUGGCAUGUGUUCAGAAUUGCCGUUUAGGCCACUCCACAAACAUUUCAUCUUCCCAUAUUCCAGAAUGUUGGCUUGCAUGCUAACAGCAUGCCAUUUAUUUUGUUUUGGGUGCAGUCCUGUAAGGUGGAGGCAUUUUGCAAAACUUCACAGAGCAGGAACAUUUGGAGGGGGUGUUGAUCUGCCAGCUAAUUAACAGCCUUCUAAGUGGUGGAAGGCAGGGAUGGGCUGCAAUAAUGAUAGCUGGCAAUAGAAACAACAGCAAACUUGCAGAAAGGGGCGGUGGGAGGAACAUCUUUACUAAAUUAGGAGGACAUCUGUUUUGGGAAGAUGCCUGAGUUAUGUCAUCCCAGAGGAAGUGAAAACUGGGCGGGGGAAAGGCAUAAAGUUUGAAGGUCUAGAGCAUUUGUCCCCAACCUGGUGCCCUCAAUAUGAUUUGGACUACAAUUCCCAUCAUCUCCAGGCACCACAACUGUGCUGGCAAGGACAUGUUCUGCUAACGUCUAAAAGUGCCAGGUUGGAGGGUGGCAGCUCUGUAGUGCAGCGUGCUGCAAAGAAUUCCUGGUUUUCUUCUCCCCCUUGCCUCCUUCUCAACUGUAGCAAGUCUGCAAAGACCUGGAUUUUAAGUGAAAUCCUUUGUCUCCUUUGCAUCUUGGCUUCUGAACGGAGACUUCUGCCUCUAUUUCUCCCUCUUCUCCGUCUCCCCCUUCCUGGUUACGUGGUUCCUCAUCUGCUGUUGCCUUUCUGCAGCUAUGACUGGCUGGUCUCCUUCCCAGCUUUUACAGGGAUGGUUCUAGCAUUGCAUCAGGGGAUAUUUUGUGCUGUAAUCCAGCAACGCAGCCAGGAUAAGCGAUCGCAGAACCGCUGCUCGAGGGGAUGGGUGUGGUGAGCUGCGUGGAUGCAGCAGCAGAGGCACGGCCGGCCUAUACAGUAACUCUGCCCAGUCAUCGGCACAAGGGAUCUGAGCGGCAAGCUAUUUUUAUAAAUCGGGCCUAGCUUCAAGCUGGGUGCACCGAUUUAGAAGGAACAGUUGUCAUAUUUUAAGUAUUAAAUGAGUGUGGUAUGAGUGCGACGCUGCCUCGGAUAAGCGGUUUGUGAGAUCCAGGACACACUACGGGAUUAUCUGCUUAAGUUUUUUUAGUCCGCAAAGUGUGAACCAUGGCUGACUUUGACCACAACCUGAGUCUGGCGGACGCCCUGACGGAGCCGCAGCCGCAGAUCGAGGAGGAAGUGAAGCGGGAUUUCAUUGCCACCCUGGAGGCGGAGAAAUUUGACGACAAGGUUGGGGAAACAGUUGGCAAAACAAACUAUGUCCCUCUUCUCGACGACGACGACCCGAAGCCUGGGAACCAGGAAGUGAAAACCAAACCCCAUACUGACAAUGUCCCUGCGGAGUGUACGUCAGCGACCGGCCCAGCUGCUGUGGUCGAGAAUGGCGACCAUGGAAUAGAAGGCACCAGGAAAGUGUCCCCAGGAAAGAUCAUGGAUGAAAAGAUGUCCUACAAGGAGUUUCUGGACCGCAAUGACUCGUGGACAAUGGAUGACAGGGCCCAUUGCUUUGAGCCACAGCCAGCAUUUAAGCCCAUGGAUGUGACAGAGCCUUUUAAGAUGCACCGCGAAGACGUCCUGUCCGACCUUCUGCUGCUUCCCCAGGAAAUGACGAAUGUGCCACCUUUCGGGGAGUAUUUGGGAGCUUCGCAAGAAGUCCAUGCACCUUACGGAGUUGCAGGGGUGCCUGAGCAGCCCCCUCUGGGACCCCAACAUCCUCCUGCAAACAUUUUUGACCCCAUGGCCUUCCUCGAUUCCAGGGCAGAGUCUCUGAUGAACCAGAAUGAAGCAGCACCUGCAGGAGAGACGGGACUUCCUGAAGAUUUCUGGUUGAGGCCUCAGCACUUAGCAGAGGGACAAGGAACACCUUUCUUUGAGCCGCCAGCACCCGGCAAGAUCCUGACGAACUUUCCAGGAUGCUCCGACACAGGUCUGGUAGACGUCACAGAGCCCAAUCCACCAGAGUCAAAGCAGUCCACGCCAGCAGCUUCUCCUGCGAUCGGAGGUCCUGGACCUGCCCCUGCAGUGGAAGAGCUGAUGGGGUUUGAACCAUCAUUUGACCAGAAAUCUCUUCCUCUUAAAGAAUUCUUGGCAGGCUCUCCAGAAGCUGAAGUGGCGAAGGAACAGAAAGCAAAGGCCGCGGACACUACAACCGCUCCAGGUACUGGCAGUUUUCCUGUGCUGGGGAAACAGGAGGAGAGCUGGCCUUCCCUCAUCCAGCACAAGGAGAAGGAAGAGACCAGCCAGUCUCCCAGCCAGAAGGCAGAGGAGCUCACAAGAAAGACUCCUCCCAGCCAGAAAGUGGACGACAGCCAGCCUUUCUUCAGCCAGUGGGGAGAAAAGGAGGAGGCAACCAAGCCUCCCGCCCAGAAAAUGGAGGAAACCAAGCCCUCUCUCAUCCUCCCCAUGGAGGAAAAGGAGAGGCAGCCCCCAAGCCCGAAAGUUGAAGAGCCAAAGGCUCCUCCCGCCCAGCACACAGAGAAGGUCGACAAGGACCAGCAUGUGCAGGAGGGGGCGAGUAAAGCUGCUCCAGCCCCGAAAGCAGAAGAGCCCAAAGCUUCUCCCAGCCAGCACUUAGAGAAGAAACCGGAAGAGAGCAAGAUGUCUCCCAACCAGCCCGCUGCGAGCCAAGAAGGGGCUAAGACGCCUUCUUCACCCCUCCAGCCCUGGGAGACCUUCCCUGCUCUGGAGAAGCUUGGGGAGAAGGACAAACAGCCCCCCAGCAAGCCUACCGAGAAGCUGGAGGAGAACAAGCAGCCGCUGUCAGUUUCACCUGUGGCGCCUCAUCCGGAGCCUGCAGCAGAAUCGAAAGAACCGGUACCCCCAGGAGAGUGCAAAGCAGACGCUAAGGAGCCCUUGGCUGCUCUUGUGGAAGUGGCCAAGCCAAAGGAAGCACCUGAACCUCGCCCUGACCACCCUGCGGAGCUGCCUCAGGGAAAGGCCUCCCUGGAACCUGCAGGUGCGCUUCCUGCCCAAGGAAGACACGCUAACAAACCCAGCGACCACCACCGCAGGGUUGGCAGAGCGAAACCUGCCUGGCUGCCUGCGGCGGAUGCCCCGGAGGAGCUUCUUGUAGGUCUCCCAGCUGCACCCAGGAGCCACAACCAAGGAGGCGACCCCUUUUCGGUGACAGAGUGCAGUGGCUUUGUUGCUGGGACGUCCCCCCGGAGCAGAGCUCCUUACAGGAAGGCAGCCGGCCAGGCGUUUGAGUUUGCAGAGGGCGCGAAGGAGAGUUGGGACCUGGAAGCUUCCGCGGCACUGAAGAAGAAGAAGAAAAAGCAGAAGCAGAAGAGGGUCCAGCAGCCAAGGGGGGCAGAGAUGUGGGAGGACAGCUCCGAAAGGCCGCAAGCUCCCCUGUGUGCUCCUGAACUCCAAAAGCCCGAGGUCCCCUUUCCUGAGCCCCGGAAGAGCGCUAAAGAGGUCUCAAGAGCCCCUGCGGAAGUCACCGGGAAGGAUCCUUCAGCGCUUGAAAGAGAGGGCCAAAUUCUGGACAGCCUUGCCCCGGUUUCUGCAAAGCGAGAGCUGGCCCUUCAGGCUGAUAAUGUUGCGUUGGAUGCAACAUCAAGAGGAUUUGGCCAAGUGGAAGAGAUGAGGGAUGGCAGCUUGAAAUCGCCAUCUAAAAGCAGGGAGCCUACUGAGGAGCAGCUGAAGCGCUGUGUCCAGGAGAAUCAGCCAGGCAGCCCCACCUGGCCACAGGCCAGUCCUGUGGAAAUGACACCCUUUGGGAGAAGCAGGACAUUGGAGGAAGGCUCAACUCACAAGGACUCGGUCCCCAUUGUGCCCACUUUGGAGGCCAAACCUGCAGUGAGCAAGGAAGUUGAAGUCCUGCUUACGAAACCAGCAUCUGCAGGUGAGAAGGUCGCCCCAGAGGGCCUGGCUCCUUUGCAGGAGGUGCUGGUGGAGGAGCCCAAGAAGGAGGAGAAGGGUAGGAAGGGCAGAGGUCCUGGCGAAGGAGCUGCCAAAUCUCCCGCUGAAGCAAAGGCCAUGGAGCCAGCCACAGAAAUGAGUUCUCCUGAUAAGAGCAAGGAUAAAUUUCCUGUUGUGCCAGAGUCAAGCCCCCUCAGGGAGUGUUCUCCAGGCGAUGCACAGGGGAGCAGCCCUGCAAAAAGUGCCGCUCUUGAUUUUGGUUCGGCAGAAACCCCCUUUUCCUUGGAAAGCAAGACUGAUCUGGGCAAGCCCUUCGCUCCCACCAAGACACCUGGCUGUGCUCAAGCACCUUCCACUGAGAUGGGCAAGGGAGCCAGCUCCGGCACAUCAGAACAGCCGACGGGGGCACAGGCUAAGAAGAGGGGCAGCGAUGGCAGAAGCAAGCGAGUUAAGAAUCCUCCGGCGCCGCGGCUCUCCCUAUUGGAGGACCGGGCCGAUGUGGGCAAAGUGCCAGGGGCAGAGGAAGCUGUGACCCCUCCUGAAAGCAGCAUGGCAGCCAGAAGCCCCGAGGCAGCUGGCUUCUCCAGCUCAGCGGACAGCAAAGCAGCUCUUGCACCUGCGGUGUUGCAAGAGAAACCAAAGAGGAGCAGUGAGGGGAAGAGCAGGAAAGCCAUGAAGAGAAGCUCACUGGGGGCAUCGUUUCCUCCAGCGGCAGAGAGUGGUACUGGCCCCUCGCCUACUGAAGCAAGCAGAGCUGAUCAGAGUAAAGAAAAGAACGAUUCCAGCAAAGGAGCCGACCUCUUAGCUGCAAGCCAACUGACGGAAGCUUCUGCUGCAGAUACAGCAGAGCUCCAAGCUCCUGCUGCGACCUCCUUGAUGGAGAAGAUGCAAGGGGCUCCAACCGGCAGAAGCGAAUGGGUCGAUUUCCCUUCCUCGGCAUACCCUUUCAUCUUGGAGACGCCAGCCAUGGCAGGUCCUCCUGAAGCCAAGGGAGCCCCCGUGCCUGGUGAGAGCAAAGGGCCCAGCUUCGCCAUUUUGGAGAGCCCCACUUCAGCCCUGCCGGGGAGCAAGCCCAAAAAGAGGACCAGCGAUGGGAGGAGCAAAAAGUCCGGGAAGACUCCGCCAGAGCAGCCAUUUCUGCCGGAGACGGCCUCUGACUUGAGCAAGGCUUCUGAGAAGGCUGACGGUACCACCAAAGAAUCAGGCGCUGCGGGCAAGGAUGGCGCCCCUCUGCUUGAACAGCCAGAGAGCAGUGAAGCGCAGGUUCCUGCUGCAAAACCGGUGGGGAAAUCUGAGAGAAAGGAGGAGGAGGGGAGUUUGGAUACAACACCGAAGAAAAGUGGCUUUGAGCAGCCGGUCGCUUCUGAUCCAAAAACAAGCACCGCAAGGAAGGAACUCUUCUCUAAAGACACAGAGAAAGGUCAGGGAGCCAGUCUAGAGCCUAGAGACAGGACAGAAUUGCCAAAAUCCCCCCAUCCCUUUGCGGAGCCUGCAGCAGAAGAACCGAGGAAAGGGGAUGUAGGAGGGCAGAGCCACCAGGUUUGUGUCCAAGCCUGGGAAGCAAAGCCUGAACCUGUCAGGCUAGCUGCUGAACACGGGGAGGUGGCUAAAACAGAGGAGGCUCCAUCCCCAAGUAAAGCCAAAGAGAAAGACCGUCCCUUGAAGGAGUCAAGGGAUGCAGGGCAAGAUCCUGAGGUGGGCAAAACAUCCAGAGGACCAGACGCGGCCAAGAAUAGAAGAGACGAGCUGAGUUUGGAAUGUCCCUUUCUUUGGGGGGAAGGCAAAGGGGAGGCAGGCACACUUUUGGGGGACCAAAGAGAAGAUGAACAGAAAGAGCCCCCUUCUCCUCGAAGCAGCAAGGAGGGAAGCGGUGGCGGGUCUGCUCCUGCCAGUAAGCCAGACCCUGCUGCAAAAGCUGCAAAGAGGGGCAAUGACAGGAAAAGCAAGAAGGCAGCGAGUGGCCCUGACCAACCCACCUUGCAAGCAAAGGUGGAUCCCACAAACCAAGGGCAGCAUCCCAAAUUGGCUGGGUUCCUCCGAGGCGUGGAGGAAAUGGAGUUUGUAGACGAGAACAGGAAUAUCAAAAGCCUUCCCCCAGGGCAUCAGAUACACUGGGAAGAGAACAGGAUGAGCUUGUUUGGCCCCUUUGCUCCCCCCAGUUCUGGUGGGAUUGAUGAAGCCCCUUCCAAAAGCCCAGGGCUGGGGUGCCCCUUUCUAGAAGACCCAGGCAAGUUCAUGAGCGAGCUGAGCAAGGAGCAGCUUUUUCUUUCCGAAAUGCUGAAGGAUGCCGGUAAAAGCGACCGGGAGGAUCAGCAUGAGCCGAAGGAGAACGUGGCCAAGUUGGGAGGCCAUGAGGCCGCGAUAGAGGCUUCCCUUUUGCUGAAAGCGGGCGACGAAACGAGGGAGAAACGGAAGAAAAGCAAGAGACCCCAUGCCAAGCAGGAACUAACAGCAGGAAAGGACAAGGCGAUCAGCUCCAUCCUGGAUGAAGAUGGAAGGGAAAGCUUGGUGGAGAAAACACAAGGCUCUGGACUUGGCCACUCGGAACUGUCAGCAGAAGAGGUGCCCAAGGAGACUGCCCUGCCGGUUGCUGGGAUGGAAAGUAAUGGAUCUGUCGGAAAAGAAACCAGCACCCCUUCUGGGGAAUUGCCACCUCUUUGGGAGAACAAGAGAGAAGCAGAACCACUCCAGGCACUGACAACUGCACUCAUUGGUGGCAGCGAAGAGCCAGAUGUAAAAAGCCAAGGAGCUGAACGUCCGGAUAGUUUAGGAAGUAAGGCAGGGGCAGAUAAGGUCCCAGAGGAUGUUGAUGGGGAGGAAGCUGCUUCUGCUCCUAAACCAAAAGACCCAUUCAAACCUCUGAAGCUGGAUGAUGUGAAGGAGCCAGAGAUCAGCCUCCCAGCGAAGGUGGCCAGCAAAGAGGAAGAGGCACAUCUGCAAAGCCAGGCAGCCGAACCAAAGGGCACACAGAGUUCUGGCUCUGAAGCCGGCGAGCUGAUCCCGCAGGCGGUGGCUGACGGUGGUGACCAAGGAGUGAGAGCGAUGAAGAAAGAGGAGAGGAGAGCCCGAGCCAGCGAGCAAAUGAAAGGCUACAUGAGACCCACAAAGUCAAGAGGGCUUCCUCUCCCGCCGCCGCCAUCGAGAGUCGCGGCUGUGCAAGAGCAAGGGAAGAGAAGGCUGGUGAAAGCGGACGGCCCAAAUCUACAAAGGCAAGAGAAAGCAAAACCAGAAGAGAUAAAACCAGCCGCCGAGGUCGCGACAGCGAACGACAUCGCGGCCCCUCCAAGCAAGGAGCUUCCACCGAGCCCCGAGAAGAAAGCCAAGCCUUCAGCCUCCACUUCAGCAACAAAGCCUGCAGCAGCAGCAGCAGCAGCGAAAACCAAGGGCACCCCCACUGCUGCCCCUGCCCCUGCCAAGCGGCCGGCGUCCACCACUAUGCCAGGCCAAAAUAAAAAAGCCACCAGCCCCACCGCAGCCACCACCCCUAAACGCCUGGCAACAAGCACCGCACGACCCUCCUCCUUAACUCCUAAAGAGCCCAAGCCGAAGGGGACAGACGCAAAGAGCCCCGAUAAGCGGACCUCCCCUUUGAAGCCCCCGUCCGCUACGGCUCCUCGGCCGGCCGCAAAAAGCCCAGCCACCCCCAGGCCGUCGACGGCACUAGCAAGUACGAAUGCUCUGAGUGCACGGAACACAGCCACUUCCCCACCCAAGAGGCCCUCCACCAUCAAGACAGACGCAAAACCUGCCGAUGCCAAGAAGACCAUCGCAAAAUCACCAUCAGCCGACCUCAGCCGUCCAAAGAGCGCCCCGGGCUCCACCGCUGCCAAAAGCAGCGCCACCACCCCGACCGCUGCUGCCCCCGGCCUACCCGGAGCAGCUGCUAGCCGGCCCAAGCCAGCCACACCCAGGCUCUCGGGGACCGGGAGCUCUGCCGCCGAGCCCAAGAAGGCGUCCACGCUCAAAGCCGCACCAAAAACCAGCCCCGUUGCCAAGCCUCCCCGGCCCCCCACCAGUAGCGUGUCGGCCCCCGACCUGAAGAACGUCCGCUCCAAGAUCGGCUCCACAGACAACAUCAAGCACCAGCCUGGCGGAGGACGGGCAAAAGUAGAAAGAAAGGCAGAGUCCGCCGGGGCUGCCCGAAAGCCCGAACUCAAUGCAGUAUCUAAAACGGCCCUCACUAAAACGGCUGUUUCAAAAGAGGGCGCCCCAAAGCAGCCCAAUGGGAAAGUCCAGAUAGUCUCCAAGAAAGCCAACUACAGCCACGUCCAGUCCAAGUGUGGGUCCAAGGACAAUAUUAAGCAUGUCCCUGGAGGUGGGAAUGUUCCAAAUGCCCAAAGGCCGUCUUCGGGCGUCCACUCCCAGUCGGCCACCGCCCCCAGGCCCAGCCAGGGCAGUACCCAUGUGCAGAUCCUGAGCAAGAAGAUUGACUUGUCCAAAGUGUCCUCAAAGUGCGGCUCAAAGGCAAACAUCAAGCAUAAGCCAGGGGGCGGAGACGUCAAGAUUGAAAACCAGAAGCUGAACUUCAAGGAGAAAGCCCAGGCCAAAGUGGGCUCUCUGGACAACGUGGGCCACAUCCCGGCUGGGGGCACCGUGAAGACCGAGGGGGGCGAGGAGGCAGCCCCGCAGAACGGAGCUGUGACCGCCCCCCCGCCAGGUGGCAGCCCCCCCACGCAGGAGAAUGGCGUAGGGCUGCCCACGCCCGCCCAGGGUGGCGGCGGCGGCGGCGAACAAAGGGAAAUUCAGUGCUUCGACACUCACAUACAAGAAACAAAUUGAGUCCCACAAGCUGAUGUUCCGUGAGAAGGCCAAGGCCCGCACGGACCACGGAGCGGACCCCACAGCCUCCAACCACCCCCCUGUCUUCUCCGGCGGCACCUCCCCACGGCGCAGCACCUCGGUCAGCGAAAGCCUGGCCUCGGCCGCCUCCACCUCUCUGCAGCCGCUGCCACCGCCGCCGCCACCGCCGACGCUGCUGCUGCCGCCGACGCCACGGCAGGCUCCCCUCGCGGAAGAGAUGGCGGCCGCUCUUCCUCAGCAAGGCUUGUGACUCUGUCCCCUUCCCGCUCUCCUCCUGUCCUCCUCCCGCUCGCGAGAAGCUCGUCUCCCUUGACCCGGAGCCUGGCUUUGUUUUGGCCCUGGAAAGGUGGGCUGGCCUCCCUGCCCCUCGGCGGGGGACCUCUCUGGAGUGUGCCAGGCCUGCCCCCGAGAGCCUCCGUGGCCUCUGGUGGUUGGUCGGUCUCUCUGGGUGCAGAAAUGGGCGCCCCGGGGGUGUCCGAGUGUGCGUUGGAGUUGUUUUGGUUUCGUCCCGUCCUUCUUGGCUUGCUGUGUGGGGACUAGGGAGGGAAUGCUGGUCUGCCCCACUCGUGGCAGAGCCCGAGACCCAGGCGGGAGCUUUGCUGUCCUCUUUCCCCCUCCAGCAACCCAUUUCCCCCUCCCUGCCCCCUUGCCCUGCGUCAUUUCGCGCUGCCUACUAUUUAAUGCUGGUCUAUAUAUUAUUAUUCUCACACAUGAUAACUUCACUCUCUUUUGGAACUCUUUUAACUCCUUAACCUUCUUCUCCCCCCAGCCCCCAACCCUCCUCCUCCUCCUCCUCAUUGUGUUUAAAAAAGUACAAUAAAGUGUUUGCUGAUUUCUGUCGCUGUUACCCUUCCCCCCCCCUUUGCCAUAGGAGAAUUAAAAAAAAAAACCACGUUAACCGCUGCUGCAGUGCUGCUGGCUUCUUAUCGACAUAUCCAGCCAUUUUAACUGUGUUAUUUUUCUUUCGUUUUUUUAUUUUUCUUUCUUCAUUUGUGUGUGGUGUUUAUUUUUUGUGUGUGUUUAAAAAGAAAAAAAGAAAAACCUUUGAAAUGAUGGAGCAAAAAAAAAAAAGGCAUUAAGCCACAUUGGUUAAAAGUUCUUGAGGAUGCAUUGAGAGGAGGUUCUUGGGGGGGGGGAUGGUGUUCGCAGCUCCCCUCCCAAAAAAAGCCAUGGAUGGAGGUCCUUUUUAACUGACUGCUGCAGAGAGAAGCCCCGGCUGUUUUGAGGGUCUGCUGCACGCAUCUCAAUAGGAUCUAGUUCCCAUGGGGGGGGGCGCCCCGAUCCUCCGCUGCCCACUCUGGAGAAAGAGCGGGGGAAUAUAUUUGCAGGAUUUAAUCCUCAAGGCACGAUGGGUUUGGCUCCAGGAUCUGUGUACCUUGGAGGGAUGGAGUCCGGGAUUCAUAAGGAAGUUCGCCACUGGCAGUGAGGCAUCCUGGCAGAGUUGGGGAGGGGCGAUGUGGGCAGACUGCUUGGCCGCGCCGCUCCCCCCCCCCAAAUACCAAGAGGGUCAUGGGAAAGUGUUGAGGGUUUGACGAGACGCAGGGUCUGCAUGGGGCUGGCUAGGUGAGCGGAAGGUGCCAAGAAGAGAAAGAGGCAGAGAUUGCUCUCCUUUGAAAGAAGAAGCCCCUUUCUUCUUCUUCUAGGGGUGGGUAUGGGUUGGACAGGACUGGGGUGUUGGUAACAAGAGGUUGAGCUCCUUUGGGGUUUGUUUUUUUGCAUUGCAUUGCAAAUGACACUAAAAUGAAAUGUAAAUAAAACUUUGAAAAUUGUGUGUUGUGAGAGUCGUGGGGGAAUUCUGAUUUAAAAUCUGAAAGAAAGGGGGAACCCAAAGCGGAGGGAACAAGUAUUUGGGAGGGGGGGGGGAAUGUUUUGUAGGCAGACUUCUGCUGGGAAACAGGCAAGGGACGAUGGCUGUGGGAAGGAGGGGUUGGGGCGAAGAUAGCACAGCUCUCUCCCCCUUCAUCUCUGGCCACAGUGUGCUUUUCAGCAACACAGCAAAACCAGGGUCUGCAUCCACACACAAAAGACAUAUUGCACUUGUGGUUGUUGUUUUUAUAUAUAUAUAUAUCUAUAAAUAUAUAUAUAAAUAUUAAAGGUUGCAUGGUUUCUAAUAAAAUGGCUUUUUAAAACCUUAGCGGGGCUUUUUUUUCUUCCCCCUUUUUUGCAUCAAAACGGUAUGCUAAAAUCUCACGAGUCGCAUCUUCCUUCCCCUCCUUGGAAUACUAGGAACCUUUUAAGGAGGAAGUUGCAAAUUUUGCACCUAGAAAGGGGCCUGUCUGUGUACAGAGAUACAUGUAUGUGUGCGUGUGAUCCAUCUUGCCCACCCUCCAUCUCAGCCGCGCUGUUUCCAAGUCUGUCGCGAAUCCGGCUCUGCGCCAGCCUGUUGCAAAGCUUGCUGCACUUGCCCACCGGCUCUCCCGCCCUCCAGAUCUCAGGAAGCCCCACCCACCCACGUUGUUACACGUUGCUGUGCAGCUUCCUCGCACAUUCCCAUCCGCCACCCCGGUACCUCCUCGUCCUCCUCCUCCUCCUUCCUGUCCUGGCAUUUCCCCAAGAGACCUUGUCUUGGCAACUCCAACCUUUUGUUUCAAGCAGGCAAUGCAGGAGGUGGAAGCUGAAAACGGGGCUGUAAUAGGAGACACCCCCCAAAUCUUCUCUGCUUUGAGGGUCAGGCCCCGUGGAAAGCCUCCUUCAAAUGGGAGGGGUAGCUUUGCAAAAGCCCAGUGGUACCUCCCCACUUGCCCUGGCGAGGUUUGCGUAGGUGAACGUCUCAUCAAGCUGGUUCCCCUGGGUUAGAUUUUGUGUGUUUGGAUUCCUAGCUCCUCCAGGGAGGCUUUUUCCUAGGUCGGAGGGGCCUAUAAACAGUGGAACUGCUCACCUCAGGAGCAAUAUGCUGCCUUGCACUGCUUUAGCAGCAACCCUGGGAGGCAGCAUCUUCCUAGCGGAGCAAGUCCGCUUGUGUGCGUGCGUUUUUGUGUUCCAACCCUUAGAGAUCUCCAGUUCCACCUGCCAUGCAUGGCUCCCUUCUCUCUGAUCUACAUCCCUGCCCUGCGGCUGUUGACAUCUCCCGGUCUCUUGCCCAACUCUAAACACCAGCUUUGGUUUUUCCACUCCGCUCACCUCCCCCUGCCAGGCCAAGGGGGCGGUGAUGGCAGAAGGGGAGCGCUUGCUUGGGCGACCCCCUUGUCCGACAGGGAAACGUGUCUCUUGAAGCAAUAAGGACAGCCUGUGUGCUCCAAAAUGGGAGCUUCCUGGGCUUCCAUAGAAAGGCAAGCAGUUGCCUCAUCGACCUCCUGCCGCACGAAGCUUGUGGGGCACAUGCUUUUAAAAAAGAAUGAAAAGAGGCUGAGACUCCCAGCUUCUUUUGCAUAAAAGUGUUUGGGGGCUCAGAUACUUUGGCAGGAAGCCCCGUUGUCUUGGCUUCCCUUUCCUCUGACCCCCAAGUUGAGGAGCAAUUGACUUUUGUUUGCUGGAGGGUCCUUAUCCUGUUUGCAACGAUGCCCAGAUGUGUUUCUCCUACAAUCUGUUGCUUGAGGACUCUCAGUUGGGAAGUCAAAUAACAUUGCACUUUAUCUUCCGUGAUAGCGCAAAAAAAAAAAAGUGUCUUGUAAAAGGUUGUUGAUUCCUUCUUUGUUCCUGAACCGAAUCACUUUGGGGUGGUCGAUAUUAGUACCCGCCUGUCUUGAGAACAUGUGCAGGUUCCGGUUGCGCCCAAUUCUGCGGUGUGCGCACACUCGUUUCCGCAGAACACGCUCACUUAACACGUGUCGUGCCUGUGUUUUUAGCCUUAGACCCAGAGAGACGCUUAAAGACGAUUGCUACGGGGAAGUUUUUCUUAGUCCCCCAGCUUUGGUUUCUAAUAAGGAUUUUUACAACAAUGCAAUUUUAGAUUUGAAAGUAGCUUGUAAAUAUUGCAAUUCUGGGGCGGGGCAGGGUGGGGGGCAGAAAGGGCUUCUGUAGCCCAGCGCUGGUCUCCUUUUCCUCCCUCUUGUUUUGGAGGGGCAGGAGCAGAUUUCAUAGAGGGGGGGUAGGUAGGUAUUUUUUACAAAACGGAUCAUGAGAAGUAUUAGAGGCGGUGGCUGUUAGGCUACGAAGCAUAAGCAAUAAAUGAACUGCCCUUCCUCCCAGGGUUGUGUUUGGAAACCUGGCUUAGAUCUUGGCUCUGUUCGACCGUCGGGUUUCAGUGCAGCUGAAAGAUGUGGCCAUAGAUAUUUGGGUACCAGUAAGAGUGGAAGAUGCACCUGAACCAUGAGGCCACAAUCCAUUGGGACGGGACAUUCUCCUGCGGAAUCCCCAUUGGGAGAACGCUCUCGUGGAUCGUGGCCUCGUGCUAGCUAGUGUUGUAGAGGGAGCUGCCACCCAGUUUUUCUGCCUAGGAGGCAAGGAGGCCCUUGGAUGUCAUGGUUAGGUUUUUCUUCCCAGGGCAGCAGGUGGAAACAGCAGCUCUGCACAUCACAACAAGCCUCCCUCGUGAGCUGGAUGGCUUGCAGGGCAGCGUUUGGCUUAGGGUGGAAGAUCCAGGCGAUCCAUUUUGGCAGACUUGAGGAAGGGGGAGGCAGCAAGACACACCCGUGCACAUGUAGCUGUGUGACUCAUCCCUAUUUGAGCUUUGGGCGGUUGACAUCCAGGCUGAGAACCCCACGGUCCUCCAGAUCUUUGACUCCAACUCCCAUCGUCCUUUCCCAUUGGCCAUGCAGCCUGGGCAGGGUCGGUGGGAGUUGGAGUCCAUCUGCAGUUGGAGGGCACCGCUUUUCCACCUGUGGUUUACAGAAACCGUAGGUUUGUGUUCUUUUCUUCGGGGAUCAGAGUUCUGCAGAACCUUGGAAGAUUUGUGUUGUUGGGCAAGGUCGUCCAAGUUGGGCAUCUUUCCUGGAAAAUGAGGCUGAGUUGAGCUUGGAUGGUGGAGCAAACAGUGGCACUGGUUGGAUAUAAGAAUGCAACUUGGGUAUGCGGUUUUUUAACAUGGAGGUGAAUUGUAGUUUUGCGGCGUCCUUUUAGGGGGUGGUUUUCCCUCUUGCCUUCCUUGGGGUUCCUCAGAAAGAAGAUGAAGCUUCGCGGGAUAGCUUCUCCGUGACUGUCCCUCUUCCCUUGCACCAUGCCGUUGCCAUAGAAUAUCGGGUGUGUUAUUGAUCAUGCUUUCCUUUCAAUGGUGAGGCCCACAGGCCUGGCCAGUGCACACUAAACAGUGACCCCAGACUCAUCCCCACUGGGGAUGGGGAGCCCGUGGCGCUCUAGGUUUUGUUUGGCUCCCAGCUCCCAGCUCCCCUCAGCCUGAGCCUGCUCUGCAACAACACGUUUUCUGUGUGAGGGUGCCCUGGUUGGACCGAGGGGAAGGGAAGCGCAGUUGCUGUUUUGAAAGUGCACUUUGCUUUUAGGGAAUUGCUUGAUGAUCAGGGAAGCUUCUCUUCGCGGAGCUCGAAGACAGCCGCUUCGCUUGGGCAGCGAGCCAAGCCCUCCCGAAGGAAGCCAGGAGAUUAGCCAGCUGGUCCGGUGGUGGAUUAGGAGGCGGCUGGUUGAGUUGGCCAUCAGCUGGUCCCCAGGGGAUUAGGAGAGGUUCUGCUCUUCGGAAGAGGCAUCCGGGGGGGGCACUCUUAGCCCAGGGAACACCUUGUUUUGAAGCCUUUGCACUUGUGAUAAUGGUCAGGGUGGAACACGCUGGUGAAGAAAGGCCAGCAGUGUGGCAUAGAUGCUCGGAGGCGAGGGGCUUGUUGCCUUUCAGCUGGCAUGGGGGGUGGGUCCUGCCAUCUUGGGUGAUGUGCUUGCGGCUGCAUCCUCUUGGGCAGAAAUGUGGCCACAGAAGUGGGUUUCAGCGCCAUAGCGCCAUAGUGUCACAUAUCAGUGGUACGCACAAAACAGAGCAGGAUUUGGGUUAUCUGCUGCCAAGCAGAGGUGAGUCUGGAUCAAGAGGCCUCUCUGCCAGCCCAGGGCAAUUCUUCGCCUUCCUUGCAGACGACUUGAGGGUAAAGACAGCUGUAGGCUUUUAAGAGCUGUCAGAGUGGGCCCUUCACCCAUUCAGCAUCCAUCUGUUUCUUGCUCUAGCCUUGCACAUCAAGCCAGCCUCAUCACCACUAUUAUUAUUAUUAUUAUUAUUAUUAUUAUUAUUAUUAUUAUUAUUAAAAGCAGCAUGCUCAUGUUAAUUUCCAUCCUUUGCCUUACCUCCUCCAAAAUAUGAUCUACAAGCAUUCUCAAAACAGUUGCAAAACUACAUGACGACGGGGUGGAAGUGGUUGUUGAUGUUGCGGCAGCUAGCCAGUAGGUGCUCUGCACAAGUGGGUGUCUAUCCUCCCCCUCCCCAGCUCUUUCACGCAGAGCCACUUGGAAAACCCGCAGACCCACCCCACCCCUGAGUUCAUCUCUGGAAAAAGAAACUGUUUUGAUUUGCAGAGCAGUGGGGGCACCAUCAAUAUGCCUCCCUCGCUCUUAAAACGAACACCUGUCUUUACCCUGAAUGUACUUUUUGCCACUUGGGCUACUGUAUGACAGAGUAGCUUGCAAGCGGCCUUUCUGAUUCGUCUGGCAUUUCUGAUUCCCUUCCGUCUUGGGGCAGACAGGCUCAGGAAAGCCACGCCCACGCCCAACUGUAGUUAGGGCUGGUCCAGAGGGACGAAGAACGCUGGCUGAAGUUUUGGCAUGCCGGGGUCUUUAGAUACGCCAAGGAGGCUCUAGGAAAUGAAAAGUACUGAUUCCUUUGUGGCUGUACUUGGGCAGGGUGGGGCUGCAGCUCAACGCCGAGUGGUUAAAGCGAGUAAAACGCCAUGAACUGGUCUCAUCUCUCCACUUUGCUUGUAAAGAUUCUCAUACUUUUAUCGCCUGUUGGCCUGUUUCCUACGAGGGCUUGGAGGAACUCAAGAGAGCAGGUGCCAUCGCUCCAGGAGGCAUCUCCCGCCUCUGAACAAGAUCGGGAGAUUAAUCGAGCUUGCCUCCCCUGCAGCCCCUUACGAGCACCAUCCAGAUUAAGAAACACCCCUUCCUCUCCCCAAGCUUUGGCGAUUCUCAGUCUACAUCAGCGACAGUAUAGAAAGGGCAAGAGGGUAGAUGGAAGCGGGUAGGGAGCCGGUUAUCUGUGCCAUUGCAGCGGGUGAUUUGCCCAUCUCGGUUGAGUGGGAACAAGCAUUGGCCUCAUGAAGGGAGGCAGAGAGAUUGGGGCAGCCUCGGCGAAAAUGCCUGCCUUGUGUGUGUGCGCGCGCGUGUGCAAAAAUCAUUGCUGUAGCCGUAGGACAACCUUCGCCAAUCUGGUGCCCUCCAGGCUGGCUUGUGGACUGCUGGGAGUUGUUGCUGGGGCGCCUGCUUGGUGAAGGCCAAUCGCCAGAGCCAUCUCGCACAACUUCUCCCAGUGCAGCUUUGCAACCAGAAGGGAGCGCCACUCCUGGCCGUGGCUGUGCAGCGAGGUAGAAUUACGCAGGUGUUCCCACAAUAGCCUAGCUGGGUGGUGCUGGGGCGAGGGAGGGAGGGAAGGGGUGUGUUAAGAAAAUGCAUGGGUGCGAUGGCGCCUGGAACGCAGGAGAGAGGUGGUUGGACAAGCCUGUCCGGGUGGGAGCUCAGAGGGCCCUGCUCUCACGACGGCAGGUUCUUAAAACCCGUUUGCUUCUACCUGUUUACCUUCCUCUCCUGUCCUCAGACUUGUAAUAGUUACUGACUGUCUCCGUUUUUAAAAGCAGCUGUUUCCGGAUUUGAUGUUGUGAUUCUUACCUAUUGUAAAGGGUUUAAAUAAAGCUUCUAGAUGUUCAACCUUG